UCGUCACUAAAAUAAACUACAUCUGUGUUUUGCUAGUUUCGCCCACUUGUUUAGAUUCCCUGCAAGAUGGCUGACGGUACAGUGGCAGAAGACACUCUAAGAACAGGGCAAGGUGGUGAAGAGAUGCGGACCAGCUCUCCCAGGCUAUCAAGGAAGGCAAGGGAAGAUGCCGUGGCUGUGAAUGAGCCUAGUGGGGGGGACCCUGAUAAUUAUCUCCUGAACUCACCGUGGACGUUUUGGCAUGACGCUACACGAAGAGGAGCAACUGCCAAAGAUUUCUUUGAGAAUCUAAAACCUUUGUGUAUAGUCAAGACCAUCAAGGCAUUUUGGGGUGUGGUCAACAAUAUUCGUCCCAUAGAGCAGUUGGGCGAGAGAGAGAGCUACCAUCUUAUGAGGAAUGAGAAUAGGAGACCUAUUUGGGAGGACUCUGAUAAUGCUCAUGGUGGAUUGUGGUCAUUCAAAGUCAGAAAGAUGCACACAGCCAAGGUAUGGCAGGAGCUGUUGUUGGCUGCUGUGGGUGAGCAGUUCUCAGAGUGUGUGGGCGGUGGUGACUGUGUGUGUGGUGUGAGUGUGAGGAUAAGAGGGUUCGAUCAAGACAUCGUACAGAUCUGGAAUGAAGACUCAGAACUUCACUCAAAAGCUUCCGUAAUCCAGAAAGUGAAGGAACUGAUUCCAGGCCUUGAGAUUAAUGAAUAUUAUCAAUCCAACAGAUCUAAAAUGCAAGAAUCUCUCAUGAAGCCGGCACCCUAUCAUCACCAUAGCAACCCGCACCCUCCCUACAUGCACGGGGGGCCACGACGUUACCCUGGCCCACCUCCCCCUCGUGGGGGGUACUCUCGUCCAAUGUACCCCCCACCCCCCGGGAUGUUCCCCCCUGGGCCGCAUUAUCCCCCACGGCAAUUCAGACCCCCCCAUCCUAGCCAACAAAACUGACCCUAUAUCCACUGUGUUCGUAUUAUUACCCCAUUUUAUAUUUUAUUACAUUUGUAGUUCUUUAUACACGUACACAGUGCACUCAUUUUUGUUAUAAUGUAGCGUCACAGCUAACCCUGGUCUCGAUCCCAGGCUGCA